CUAAAACGCGUUUACAUAUACACAUUCUCUUCAAGUAUAUUUCAUAUCAUUAUCUAUAUAAUUCAAUUUGAUACCUUGAAAUUCCAAGUCUUUAUUUUAUUUCGACCAAGGAUUGAGUGGAUAGCCCAGCGGAAAUAUUUGAAACGACGGCAGAAUUCAGGCACAAUGAGUAGCAAUGCCAAAGGAAGCAUUUUGUAUCGUGUGGAGGAUGGCGUAGCGACAAUCACACUCAACAGACCGAAAAGGAAAAAUGCUCUUACACUUGAGAUGUACAACGAAAUACAAGAAGCACUGAAAGCAGCGGAACAAAAUGAUGAUGUAACCAUCGCAGUAAUUACAGGUACUGGGGAUUACUACUCAAGUGGGAAUGAUCUGGGGAACUUCAUGAAAGUUGACACGACUAAUAUAGAAGAGGCAACGAAACAAUCGAGCACACGAUUAGAGAGAUUUGUUAAUGCCUUCAUUGAUUUCCCGAAGCCUUUGAUUGCCGCAGUCAACGGUCCUGCAAUCGGCAUUGUUGUAACUACACUCGGAUUGAUGGAUAUCGUCUACGCCAGUGACAGAGCGACCUUUCACACCCCUUUUGCUGCUCUUGGUCAGAGUCCAGAAGGAUGCUCUUCGUAUACGUUCCCCAAGAUCAUGGGAACAGCGAAGGCCAAUGAGUUCUUGCUAUUUGGUAAGAAGAUGACCGCGCAGGAAGCAUUUGCUGGUGGUUUAGUGACAGAGGUCAUUCCUGAUUCUCAGUUCAUUGAUGUAGUAGACAAGAAGAUUAAAGAAUAUGCUAAACUUCCAAGAAAUGCUGUGCAAUCUGCAAAGAAUCUGAUCAGGAAUAGUGAGAAAGAGCACCUUCAUAGGGUGAACCGAGCCGAGUGUGACCUGCUGACCGAAAGAUGGACUUCAGAAGAAUGCACCCAGGCCAUCAUGAACUUCUUCUCGAAAUCAAAACUCUAAUGACUGAACUCUUUCAAGAUUUUUAAGUUUCACCCCAAUAGUAACGGGAUCGGAAUUCAAGAUGAAAUACUUUCAAAUUUAUUAUUUGCAACUAAAUCAUCGCUAUAUGCACUAUUUUGCCGACAUGCAGUACCCCCGCCCAUUCCCGAGUGUAUAACAUCACAAUUUUCACAUUGAAUUUGCUAUUUUUUAAGAUGAGAAGAGCUUAAAACAACAGGGAAUAUUUUAUAGCUCAAUAUAUAAAUAUGAUUCUGCACAAGAAAUAUUUAAACGUUCUCGGAAUAUAUUCACGACACUGUUGAUUAAAUUAUUGUAGUAAAACAUGUGCUAAUGCCAAAUAUAUAAAAGAUAAAAUUAGCAGAUGGAUUUUGAAGAAAAAUGCAGAAAAAAAGAGAACUGUGAAGUUGUUGUCAAAAAUGCUGUGUUUAUCUCUUUUUAGCCAGCAUCUGCUAGUGUGACUAAAGAUGUUUACUGGCUAAAAUCAUUUGAUAUGCAUUCAUUUCGCAUGCAUGCGGUAAUAUGCAUGUAUGGAAUCUCGAUUGUGUAUAUAAGAUAAGAUUCUACCGAGUGGUAUACUACAGCGUGGCGUCACGGGAGUGCAUGAUGGGAGGCGACCUGAAUGCUCCUUUGUGGUUUUUAAAUAUAAAUUUAAAAAAGAAUAUUUGAGAAAAGUUAGGGGAAAGAUAGGAAGGAGAAAUAUGAGUGGUGAAAAUAACUCUCUGGCCCGUAUUCUGAAGUCGGGUUUAACUUAAACUCAGGUUUAAAGUUGUGGUUUAAGCAUGGAUAGCCGAUUG